GCAUGUGAUGGAUCCUGUGGAGAGAAGCAUGAUUUAUUGCUGGGCAAUUGACUCAUCAGCUGAAAAGUUGUUUGGUAGUGCAACAGAUCGUUCUGAGCUGCCAUCAUUGCCUUCAGAUUUCCACAGUUUUGUUAAAUGCUCUCAUUGGAUCACAUCCAAAUGCAUCGACCAAUCUGUCUCUUUUGGCAUCAUCUGUGGACGAACUGGACCCGAUCGAUUGGCACCUCAACAGCCAACCAUCACUGUAUUCUCUCAAGAUCAAGCUAACUCUUUUAGCUUCAUCCUUAGCCUGCUGAACCUGAUCAAUUGGCAUUUAAUAUUGCCAUCAUGGCUCAAGGCAACCCUCUCUUAAAUGCCACCCAAAGGUUCAAGUUCUUCGUCGUUACUUCACCGACCAAUCUCUGUGAGGUAAAAAACUAUUUUUUUUCUUUCUUAUUUACGUCUUUUGUUUACCUUCAACUGCACAUCAAAGAUGACAAUGAGAUAGAGACACGUACUCCUCUUGUCUGCUGAAUGCAUUUAAUCCUGCCACAAUGCGCGCGCACACACCAUGUGUUAGUAACAUCACCUUAUCUCUUGGUGUCCACCAACACAACCAAAGAUGUGGAUGCCUUGACAGGGAAAAGAUAGAGAAGGGUUUUGGAAUUUGAUUGCAUUUAAAGAUAUGGAGACAAGAUUUGUUCUCUCAGAUUACUCCCCUUCACUUGCCACAAUAUCUUCCAUGAGAUCUCCUCUGCAACCUCAUAUCAAAACACCAUCAUUGUUUCUUCUCGUCAAUGAAUUAUGAGCUCUGUGAAUAUUGUCUCUUUCUUUCUAGGAUAAGAUUCCUCAGUAAAGGUUCUCUAGGAGUUAUUUGAUUAGGGUGCCCAUUGGAUUAUGGAAAAAAUAUAUAGUUUAUAAUUUAAACAAUAUUAUCAUCACUGGUAUGGAUUUAGAUAGAUUAAAUGCAAGAUUAUGACCCAUUUGUUGUGACCUUUCAAUUGCAUCUAGAGGAUGAAGUAAUAAAAACAUUUAAUAAAUUAUGAUAUUGAUAUGACUAAUCCAAACAAAAAUUGUGUCAACAUUCUGUGCCUAAAAUUGUUCCAUCUGGUGCCACAUGCUUCACAUCAACCUUUUUCUUAGUGGAAAAGAAAAAUCUCUCCUCCUUUUAACGAUCAAC